UGGUUCAAGGUGGCGGCGCCCAAUGGCACCAUGAGCGAUAUGGAAAGCAGCAGCAGCAGCGACGCGGAGGAGGUGGAACGAUGUCGCGAGGCGGCGAUGCCGGCCUGGGGCUUGGAGCAGCGCCCGAGGGGGCCGGUGAAGCCAACAGCCGGCACUAUGCCGAGAGCUGGAGAUAAGAUAAAAAGAAGCAGACCAUGUACUCCGGUAGCUUACAAAUCCAGGGAGAGAAUGGACAUGCAAACGAAGUGUCCGAAACAACAUAAAACUUCAUUAUGUCCUCAGACUCACCCUGGAAGAACCUCACAUCCACUGGUCUGUGGUCGUGACAGAAGAAAUCCUCUUCUUCCUGUGAUCACUCAAGAAGGACCAGCACUCAGCACACAGCCAGGUGCUGCGAAUACUCAGUUGCCAACCACCCAGCCGAGCUUCAGGCACAAGGCGAAUGAGCACGAACAAGAUGGCAACGAGCUUCAGACCACCCCCGAAUUCCGAGCCCACGUAGCUAAGAAGCUGGGAGCCCUGCUGGACAGCUCCAUUACCAUCUCAGAAGUAGUGAAGGAGCCAAGAAAGGCUGAAGUACAGAGAGUCACCCCAGAGGAUGAUGGCUUCCGGCUUUUCUUCACAUCCAUCCCCGGAGGCCCUGAGAAGGAGGCCACCCCCAAGCCCCAACAGAAACGGUUGCCUUCCAGCUCCAGCAGUGACGAUGGCGGCGAGGAGUUGCAGCGGUGCCGGGAGGCGGCUGUGUCAGCCUCCGACAUUCUGCAGGAGUCUGCCAUCCACGGCCCUGUCAACGUGGAGGAAAAGGUGAAGAAGAAGAAAAAGAAGUUGAAAAAGAAAGCCAAGAAGGAGGCCAGCACCGACAUCGUCACCGCCACCACCACCACAAGCAAGGCCGCCGUCAGGAAGCAGGAACAGGAGUCCGCUGAGCUCAACGGAGACCAGGCGCCACUUGGAACCAAAAAGAAGAAAAGGAAGAAAAAGGCAAAGAGGGCCAGUGAGGCCUCCCCAUUCCCACCAGCAAGGAGUGCAACAGCUGUGCCUGCAAACUGAGCCCAGCCCGACUAGGGGCGCCCACUGGGGACAAGGUAUUUCCACGCCCUGCCUCCCUCUCCCAGUUCAAGGACUUGGCUGGCAAGUCCAGACUCUGCCCAUGACUGGGGCUUGCCCCAGGGCCAGGGCAAAGGCGUAGCUGUAGGGCCAGAAGCCUGAGCUGAGCCCUGCCCUUCCGGGCUCCCACUGGGGCUGGGGCCGGCCUGUGGUACCAGAGCAUUCCAUGGCCUCGGGAAGCAAGAGGAGCCUCCAGUUACCCAAGCUGAUGGCCAAGUGGUAGAGCUUCCACCUCCCCAGUCCUGUCUGAGGAGAGCAAGGCAGGGGAGACCUUUUCCUUCUCCUCCACCUCCUCCACCUGAUGUGGGAGACAAUCUGAAGAAGACAGGGGAGGGGGACCCCGAGAUGCAGAGGCCUGGAAGGAGUUUUGUGCUUCUCCCGCCAAACAACACAGACUUGAUAUAACAUUGCCUGAAAAAGAAGGAGAGAGAUUUCCCCCUCCCCCGGUUUUCCAGAAUCCCCUUUCUCCACAUGGGUGAAUACGCCACACACAGUCUUGUCUGUGAGCCAACCAGAUUAUGGAAAAUAAAUUGUCAAGGAACCUAGCAUGUAACAGAGUGAUUUGGGUGCUGCCUCCCUGUCAGUGCUAAAUCUUGAUGAGCCAUUUUAAGUAAGCAUCACACGGGUGGGGUCUUCCUGCCUACAUCCCUAGGAGUGUUCCUGCACCCCAGCUUCAAGGAAGUGUCACAGCGCUUGUGGACUGGGAUUCAUGGACCAGAGUAUUCUGCAGGAAGGAGCAGACGUGCAAGGUGAAGGUGAAGUUCUGGCUUCAUCACCUUGCCUUGGAGAUUCAGCAGAGCAAGAAAGACAGGUGGGCUGUGAGAGUGGGUGUGCUAGACUCAAGCCACCAGGUCCCUCUGCUCCCCUCUGCCUGCCCAUCCCACUCUGGGCAACGUGUGGACACACAAGAAGUUUCUGCUACGUUCCUCAUUUGCUUUACUAAAAGUUAAAUAAAUGUACAGGCUCGCCCUUAGCCGGCUGCAAGCUGCAGGGGUGCCAGCUCUCCCCCUGCACCAGGAUGGAGGCGGUCCACGAGGGCCAGGUUGUCUGCAGCAGCCCUGGGAUGAUGAGGGCACAUGAGCCCUGGGUUUUCACGGCUGCCUUGUCCCUCAGGGCCUCAGGUUCCGGGGGUGCUGUGAAUGCGUGGACCUCUCCCCAUCGCCUCAGCCAGCCAGGCUCCAGGCUUCCAGGUGGCAGCCUCUCCGCCAGUCUUGCCUCUCCUCCCUCUGGGCACCUCAGCUCUGCCAGCUGCUCCUGCCUUACUGCCUCCUGAGCUCAGCAGCUUCUCCUCCAAACCAAGGAAGGGUCUGCUGCCCCAGGACCUCGACUUCACACCAGGCUCAGAGUCACGAGGCUCCCAUAGGAAUGAAAAUGACGUCUAGCCCUGAGGGGGGGCUUUCCAGCAGCAGCAGGAUGCCAGGCUGGCGUCAGAAGGCUUGAUGCUCGGGGGGGACGUAUGUCCAAGAAAAUUGGAGGUCACAGGGGCAGGGAGAGGGAUGGCUCAGGACGAGGGAAGCUGGUGAGGCCUGCGUGCCCUGGGCCCCUGGCACAGAGUAGCCACUCAGACGAUGCUGAUGUGAGUUGGGGACAGGGGUGGGUCCAAAUGGGGGUUCACAGCAGGAAGAGAGGCUGGGCAUAGGUGACAGAAUAGGGCCAUGUUGAUCCAUGACCUCUGUCCCUUGUGUCCUGAGAAGUGUGGCUGGCAAUUUCCUUCAGGAUACCAGGGCUUUCCACAGGCCCAGCCUUGGGGUACCAGAGUCCAAAGGCUGCCCCCUUUCUAUUCCAAGUCAUAAGAUGUACCCUGAGUGGCAGGGAUAGUCCCUCCCAUGUCGCACUGGGAACAAACUGCUUCCCAGCUCUCUACAGUCCCCUCUUGUGCACUGAAGCAGCCUUCUUUGGGUUGGGGCACCUCAGAAUCCCCAUCUUUGAUGCUGGCAGAGCAGGGUGGGGACCAAGGCACCGUUUUCCAGGGGAGAGCAGCAGCCCCGUGACAGCGGAAGUUUUGCAGGCUCAGAUGUCCUCGUCACCCCUCAAGCAGGCUGUGGAGGCUCCAGGGCCCAGUCCAUGGGAGGCAGUUGCCAUGGUUACUGGGAAGAAGAGGCCAUCUGCGUGGAGAUGAAGGUCUCGAUGACGCUGUGGUUGGACGGCAGCAGGUGGCUGUGGCCGUUGGUGGAGUCGGAGCUCUGGUACAGCACCAGGCUGCUGGAGGACACUGCAGAGGCAGGUGAAGCUGUUGGAUUGCACACCAAGGCCAGCCUGACCCCUCCGGACCCACAGGGUGCUCAGGAUGGGAACAUGGGGCCUCGCCUCCUCCUGAGUCUUAGCAGGUAACCAGAACCCCAAAGUCAAACCUCUACCCUCAGGCCUUGUUAACCCCCAGCCAGGUUCCAGGGCCUCCCAGGAAAUGGCCUCAGCACGUUUUAGUGGAAACAUCAGAAAAGCCUUGGUGAGACAGUGGUGGUUAGUUUUAUGCGUCACCUUGGCUGGUGUUUGGUACCUAGUCACUUAGCCAAAUGCCAAUCCAAGUGUUGCUGUGAAGGGUUUUGUAGACGUGGUUACCACUUGCGUCAGUUGAUGUUAAGCAAAGGGUAUUUCCCUCAAUAAUGUAUCUGGGCCUUGUCCAAGCAGUUCAAGGCCUUAAGAGCAAAAGCUAAGGUUUCCCAGAGAAGGAAUUCUGCCUCAGGACUGUAGUAUUAACUCCUGCCCUGCCCUGCAGCUUUCAGACUUGCCAGUCGUGUGAGCCAUUUCCUUCAAUACAUGUAUGAAUGUGUGUGUGUGUGUGUGUGUGUGUGUGUGUGUGUGUGUGUGUGUGUGUGUGUGUGUGUGUGUGUGUGUGUGUGUACAUGUUCUUAUUGGUUCUGCGUCUCAGGAGAACCUGACUGAUUCAGACGGUUGAGAGAAUGAGCUUUGAGUUUGAACCUGGAUUCAAGUCCCGGCCCCAUUACCUAGUAGCUGUCGGGGGCACAGCCAAGCCCCUCUCCUUGAGUGCUUUCUCAUCCGUAGAAUGGGGAUGAUGACACACACCUCAAGGGCAGAGCGUGGAGCCUGGGCCGUGGAGCCCUCGGUGACUGUCCCUGCAGCCACUAGGGCUGGAUGCAAGGCCUGAGGCUCACAGGGGAGUAACUUGCCCAGAGUGACACUCAGCAAGCAGCCGCUCCAGGCCUCAGAGCCUGGCAGCCUGAUUCCAGAGUGCCUGCUCUUCACCGUGACAUGGGGGCUGCAGACUCGGGGCGUCAGGGUGGAAAGGCACGGGUUGGGUGGGACGUGGUGGGCUGGAGAGCCCACACUCUGAUUGCUACGUGGGAGCAUGAGUCCUUCCGAUUUUCCAAGAGAAGUCAGAAACCUGUGAAAACUCUUAAUUUUUAACCGUUGGCAAGGAGUUCAAAAAAUGCUAAGCCCUGAGCCAAGGUAGCACAUCCCUGAGUCACUUCUGGCCCACAGCCAGCCCAGUUCUCACCUCAUGAUUGCCCUUUACUGCCUCUUCCGGUUCUUUUUCCUCGACUGAGUGAAUAGAUGUUCCUGUGAGAUAGGCCCGUUUCCUGUGGUUUCCUGUCCGCCCGGGCUCACUUUGGGGGAGUGCAGGUGCCCCUCCAUUUACACCCGUCUGCUGCCCACAGCUUCCUCCCCAGCUGUGGAAGCAGCAAGGAAGGGGGCAGGGAAAGGCCGCUCACCGGUGGGGCUGGCACUGAGCCGAUGGGUGGGCUGCAGGUGCUGGAUGCCAGCAGGGUCCUGGCUUGGGAUGUGGAUGGUGGUGGCCUGAGAUGCCGGCGUGUGAAGCCCGGACUCGCUGGAAGCCUCAGCAUCUGAGGUAAAGACCUGGAGGAACAGCGGCCUCCUGAGCCCCCAGGGUGUGUGCUGGGGCUGGGCCCAGGAGGGGCCGAGGCAGGUCAGGGCCUUACCUGCUUGGUGGGUGUGAGGCUGGCCAGGGCACUCAGGUUGGUGGUGUCGGUGAUGAGCAUGGUCUGCGGAAGCAGGCCUGUGUGGGUGUACUGGGCCACCUCUGGCUUGUGGCUGUAGAGGGCUGGCCAGAAGGGAGAAGAGAGGAGGAUGCAGACAUGGCACCUGGGCUGGGCUGGGCUGGACCCCUCCCCGGAGGGCCUCAAGGCAGGGGAGGGGGACUCGGGGAUAAGGGGAGCGUGAGCCUGGUGAACACCCAGUGGGAUGUUGGGGACUCAGGGCUAAUUUCCAAAACUGGGAGCUCCAGAUGGAGGGGUUGGAUGUUCUCCCCAGCUACAGGGGCUGCUCCGCCUGUCUCAGUGAUGAGGAGCCUGGGGGAGACCAGGAACCCAAACCCAGGUCCUCCCAUCACCUGGAGACAACAGGGGUGAAAGGGACUGGGAGGCACAGAUACUACUGUACCAAGUACCAGCCUUGGAGGGAAAGGCCGGUGCCUCUGUUAGGGGGUGAGGCGGGCAGCACAUCUCUGCCUUGAGGACCCCUCGCCACAGUGUAACCCAGCCUUUCACCGGCAGUGCCCAGCCCCACAGCAGCAGACGCCAGCAGAAAAAGCAACAUAAACUGCAUAUUCUCACGUGGACCCCGAUAAAAACACAACUACCCAUGUGCACACAUAAAUGAUGCUCUUAGCCAGAUACUCUUAGCCACAGAUACUCAGGUCCAUGAUCCCUUGUUCAUGAUUCCAAAUUCCAAAAAGGUCUGAAAGCCAACAGGUUUUUGUCAGGUUGGCACUAAAGUUCAUUUGGUGGCAAAAUCUGACCUGAACGCGGUGUGAGGCUAUGUGAAUCUUUAUUAGCCUACUUCAUGGAAUUCUGCCUUUUGCUGCAGGAAUCAUGGUGUUUGAUGACGGGGUGUUGCCCCAAACCCUGCUGGGAGCAUUAUGUAUUUCAUGCUGUGACCACCAUGUUACCUUUCUAAAGGCUGAGCAACAGUGAACCCUGAAAUACAUACGGCCCCAAGGGCGCACAUCCACUCCCACAAACCCACGUGCGCACACACAUGGCCACGCACAUUCACACAGUGAAACGUGUUCUGGCCCACAGACACUCGCCUGGGCCCCUGGAGAGCCCCCGUCAGAGAAGCGCUCGCACUUGUACCAGACAGACGCGCAGGCCACAUCUGCUAAGCCGCCCCCUUCCCUUAAGCCAACCUCUCCCACCGCCUCCCCCAGCGUGGGGCCAGGGGACGCUCACCGUGGGGGCUCUGUAGCUGGGCCAUGGUGGCCAUGAAGGGGCUCUGGGCCACAUGGCUCUGCACCGAGGGCAUGAGUGGCUGCUGGUAGGACGGGUGCAGGGGCUGCGAGAACUGGACCGGUUGCAGGGUGGUCAGGCUGCUGCCCAUGCUGUUGAUGACCGGCACGCUCUGGGCCUGAGUGGAGGCCAGGCCUGGAGCGGGAGGGGCAGGAGUCAGCCAGGUCUGCCACCCCUGUGGCCUCCCCGGACCCAGCCCAGACCCACUGGGGGCACCCUCCCUCCUUCCUAGAGCCAGUGUGCUGGAGGAGGGACAAGGCAGUCAGGAAACACCCUUGCACUAGGAACUGUCACUAACCUACAUGGCCCUGGCAAGCAACUCCCCUUCUCUGGGCAGGGGGUGUGUCAAACUAGAUUCCCUGGAGGGAUUCCACAGCAGUGCAAAGGCCCUGGGGUUAACUCUCUGUACCCCUCUCCUAGCAGCUCCCUAUGUGUCAUAUAUAUUGAGCUUCUGCAUGUUAAUUCCCACAAAUAAAAGUCUUCCUGGACUUUAAAAAAAAAAAAAAGAAACACCUACAACCUAGAAAACGUCAGUCCUCCUCACCGCUCUGUUUUCCCAUAGCUGUUUACCUUCUAAGGCGCUCUGUGUAUAAUUUAUGUAUUACGCUUGCUGUCUGCCACCCCAGUUGGGCCUCUGAGAUUUUGGUCUGUUUGGUUCCUGUGUGUAUUGCUGAUGGAGCACGGGGUGGGCACUCAAUAAACACACAAAUGAAUGAGUC